CCUGAGUCCUGUCUGUCUCCUCCUAGGUCCCGUGGCAGUGCUGGUGGCCAUGGUUCCCGUAGCCAGAAGGAGCUGCCCACAGAGCCCCCCUACACAGCCUAUGUAGGAAACCUCCCUUUUAAUACAGUUCAGGGUGACAUAGACGCUAUCUUUAAGGAUCUCAGCAUAAGAAGCGUACGGCUAGUCAGAGACAAAGACACAGACAAGUUCAAAGGGUUCUGCUAUGUAGAAUUCGAUGAGGUCGACUCCCUGAAGGAAGCGCUGACCUACGACGGUGCACUGUUGGGUGAUCGGUCACUUCGUGUGGACAUUGCAGAAGGCAGAAAACAAGAUAAAGGUGGCUUUGGAUUCAGGAAAGGCGGACCAGAUGACAGAGGAAUGGGUGGCUCUCGAGAAUCUAGAGGUGGCUGGGAGUCCCGGGAUGACUUCAAUUCUGGUUACAGGGAUGACUUCCUAGGAGGCCGAGGAGGCAGUCGCCCAGGGGACCGGCGAGCAGGCCCUCCCAUGGGCAGCCGCUUCCGAGACGGCCCCCCGCUGCGCGGCUCCAACAUGGACUUCCGGGAACCCACAGAAGAGGAAAGAGCACAGAGACCACGGCUCCAGCUCAAACCUCGGACAGUGGCAACGCCCCUCAACCAAGUAGCCAACCCCAACUCCGCCAUCUUCGGGGGAGCCAGGCCCAGAGAGGAAGUCGUGAACAAGGAGCAGGAAUGAGCGCGCGGCGGGAAUGGGUGUGGGGAGUCAGAGCGAGGCCCGGCGGAGGCCCGGCCGGCCGCAGACGCCGCUCCUGCACCUGACACUGUCCUCGUCCUUGCAGUGGAAACACCGAGCUUGUGAAUGCAUGUCAGCUGUUAACAAGUGGUUUUUAGUACAUCCUUGGCUUUGCUGUACCUAUCUAGUGCCUGUUUCGUGCUCUUUAUUGUUUCCUUCCUUCUCUGUCCUCAUUUUCCUCUGUCCGUCCUCCCUCUCGCCCCCGUGUCUUUGCAGCACGCGGUGUCCGGAGGAGGCGUGAGGGCCGCCAGGCGGGAGGCGCAGGCCCAGGUGCUGCUGGCUUUGGUUCUUCUCUUUUGCCUUCUCUUUCAUUUUCCACAUGGGCCAGACUUGAUUUUUUCAGUGCUUCUUUUCUGAUCCGCAUGCUGAGUUCUGUGUCGCUGUGGCUUCCAGGAAAAAGCAGAAGAUGCUGGCAAGUUGGCCGGCACUUUGUUUGUAUCCAGCUGUGAUCAGUAUGCAGAAUUGGAAGCACCUUGUGCUGAAAACAAGGAAAAAUUCCUGUGACCCUUGCAGCUUCCUUCCACUCCUCUGGUCCUGCUCCCAGGUGUGCUGUCGCCGGCGGCCCUCCCAGGGCUGGACGGCAGAGCAGGUGGAGCCCGGGCAGAGUGGGCUUUGGCGGUGCUCCUCGCUGUUCCCCAAGGGCUCUGUGUGCGCUGCCCUUCGCUGCGCUCUCCCGAGGCCAUGCCCAGAUAGCUCCUCUCUGGGGGCUUCCCGGGCUCCCCGUGCUGACUGCCGUGGCUGCCCAGUGGCUUGUGUCGUUUGCGUGGGCUCGGGCGCUGUGGAGACCGGGCAGCAGUGGUGCUGGGCUGGGCCGACACAGUGAUGCGGACCUGGCCUUCCCGCAUCCCUGUUGUCUGUUGGGCGUCUCCCCCUUGCGUCGUUCCCACAAAAGCAGCCUACUGAGACUGCUUCCCACCGCCCCUGCGCCCAUAGUGGAAGUGGCCUCAAAACUGGCACUUUAUUUCCCGUGGUGAAUUGGAAGUUUUCUGUGCCGAGCUGUUCGGGCCUGGCUGACUGCUGAGGACUGCAGACAUUCGGCCGGCCACCUCCUCUCCCAGAUGCGCUUGCUCGCACACGCAGUGCUUGGCGCUCACCCAGGAGGAAGGUGUUGGGCAGCAGCUUUUGCACUCAGAUGCCUCGUGUGAGCAGGUGGAAAAUCUUUAGUGCCUGAGUCGGUCUGUGCCAGUGGGAGAGCUAGAGCCCCGGAGAAGGGAGACCCGGUCGGGGUGACUGGAAGGCCAAGGCGUGACAGUGUAGUUGCUUGGCCUGGGGUUCCUGCUAGCUGUCGUCCUUGGCCCCUCUGGUCUGUCUCUGUUGCAAGGUCUCAGCAACUUACAGAACUCACACUUCCCCCUCUGCCUGUCAUCUUCUCUGCUUCUGAGAUAAGAACCAUUUGUGUAACACCAACACCUAACUUAAGAAAGACAUGCAUUACGUGGUUGUAACAAACCUGAUGCUUUUGAGACGACCCACACACAUCCUCAAUGCAGAAAGAUCAAGAGCAAAACAAAUCCGCCCGAACCGCUGGGGACCCAGCUGGCUUCCAGAUGCGAGGGUGGGAUUCCAAACACUCAACACAUUCAGCUGUAUGACAGAAAGUAAAUCUAUGGAUAUGGUAUUUUGUGAAUGAUCUUUUAAAUAAAAGAAAAACCUUACGUAAUA